UCCCAAAACAAACAAGAAUUUGCUUGCUCAUUUUGAUUAGAAAACACAGCAGUGUUUUUAUAUCUUGGAGAACUCUGUGGGUGACGGUGACUUGUAAGCUAGUUUGAUAUCCACAAAGACAUACUUCCCUUAUUUGGGAAACCUGUAGCAUAUGUCUCUGGCAGGAAAGAACAUCAGAGCAGAGCCGCAUUAUCGCCUGGAGUGCUAAAACAUACGCCCGUUUUAGGCUUUCCGCAAGAGUUGCUUAUCUGUGCCCUCAUUUUAUCUUGGCGGCCCUGUGGACUAAGUACAGCUGUCAGCAUGCUCCCCUGCAGAUGAGGAGGUACCCGCAGGAGGCAUAGCUGCAGAAUCCUGCCAGCAGCGGGAGGACUGGAAGGCAGGGCUUCAACGUAGUUGACUAUAUCACUCUCUGAACUUGACUGGUUCAGUCCCAAAGAUGAGCUUGAAAAGCCCUAAAGCAAGCAGAGGAUUCUGGGUAAUGAUGAAGAACUGCAGCUGGUGCUGUGUUUGCCUGUACCAGAAUUCCAGUUAUAUCGCCUUUACCUUAUCACUGGUCUCUCCUUCUCCUCCUCAGAGGAAAUCCAAGAUCACUGCCUCCCGAAAACUCAUGCUGAAGAGCCUGAUGCUGGCCAAGGCCAAGGAGUGCUGGGAGCAGGAACAUGAGGAGAGAGAGGCUGAGAAGGUGCGGUACCUUGCGGAGCGCAUCCCCACACUGCAGACCAGAGGCCUGUCCCUCAGUGCCCUGCAGGACUUGUGCCGAGAGCUACAUGCCAAGGUGGAGGUGGUGGAUGAGGAGCGAUACGAUAUCGAGGCCAAAUGCCUCCACAACACGAGGGAGAUUAAGGACCUGAAGCUGAAGGUCCUGGACCUCCGUGGGAAGUUCAAACGUCCACCCCUGCGCCGGGUCCGUGUCUCAGCCGACGCCAUGCUCCGAGCCUUACUGGGCUCGAAACACAAGGUAUCCAUGGACCUGCGGGCCAACCUCAAGUCUGUGAAGAAAGACGACACAGAGAAGGAGCGGCCAGUGGAGGUAGGAGACUGGAGGAAGAAUGUGGAGGCCAUGUCUGGCAUGGAAGGCCGCAAGAAGAUGUUUGAUGCUGCCAAGUCCCCGACUUCACAGUAGAGGUUGGCUUGCUGAAUGACUCCGGGGUCAUGCUUUGGGCGCCUUCCUCCAGCCCCACUCACCUAUCUUUCUGCCAAUGCCUGGGGCAUCCCUGCUAUGUCCUUCCUCCCUCCAGCCUACGUGGUCACCUUUGGAGCUAGGAUGAAGUGGCACCCAAAGGAGAAGAGAGACGCAAGUGUCUGAGACCUCAAGUCAUCAGCAUGGGCUUCCAGUAACCCAUGAGGCACACUGGGGUUAUCCAACCACGCCGAGGGGCCAUAGGCUGGAGAGGGAGGCAGAGAGCACGCCUUCCUUACAGUCCCAUCUUGCUACCCCCAUCUCUGUUGCUACCUGCCAUGUCUACAGACAUCACAACUCCUCAUUAAAAAUCCAGGUUCCUGCUGGUUUCCAUA